AUGGCAUUUUCUUUUAAUAAACUUAAAAAUAUUUUAAAUACAAACAAAGACAGUACUCUUAGCGGCAGUGGUAGUUCGGAGCCAGAAAUAGGUUUUAAAUUAUCAUUACAUCCGAUCAGCAAAAAUUUGUUUGUUACUGUUAUCGGUGCCAGGAAUCUACCAUCCUUUUUCGGACUCAGCCGCGCUCAUGGAUACUUAGUUAAGGUAAAAGUUUUCCCCGGCGACAAUAAAUAUGAAACCACACUUCAAGACACCUCUAAUCCGGUUUGGAACGAAGAUUUCAAGUUCCAACUGAAACCUAAAGACUCGAAAAAGACAGAUUUACAGAGCCAGCUUGCUGGACACUUUCUAUCUCUAACUAUUUACGCCUUACUUGAUACACCGAAACCAGAUGACAAAAAGAAGAGUUCGAAAACACUUGACGCUAAAACGACUAUGAAUACAAUGAAUGAGGAACCAAAGAAGUCUUUACUGUCUUCGUUCAGUAGUUUUAAAGUUUCAAAAGAGUCUACGGCUCAAAAGAACAUUCUUGAGAAGAGAAGGACAGUAGGCGCUGCGACGUGGAAUUUCGACUCGAAGCUAUUUCAAAAUGACUUGAAAAAUGGGUUGAUUGGAACACCGGAUAUUUGGAGGCCGAUCAAUGCAAUUACAAGUGGACUCAGCACUACCGACACACGAAGGGAAAAUAGAAAGGGUCAGUUGGAAGUGACGUUAUUAUACUCCGGGAGCGAGGAUGGCUUCAAUGACACAGUGCAACUCACAGUCAACAGACUACGUUGCAGUGUACAGACUAUGCAAGAACAUGAACAAUUUAAAGCACCGCUGUAUCUAAAAGCAACAAUUUUGGAGGCGAAUAAAGCGGAAUGCUACUGGAAAAGCGACAGAUUUGUUCCAACAAUAUCGGCUAGGUGGGAUCCUAAAUCGGCUACCGUCAAAUUAUCGGUAUUCAAAGUUAAUUUAAAUAAAGUUAGCAUUUAUAUAAGUCUCGGGUGCAAAACCAAAAUGGCCAAGAAGGAAAUUCUAGGAAAAGCAACAAUAGACGAUAAAUCUGCUUACUCGGAGAGUUGGACGGAAACUUUGCGACAGCCCGGCGUGCCUAAGACAUUCUGGGUUAAUUUUGAGUGA